GUGGCGAGGGCGGGCCGUGUGACGUAGAGCCGAGGCUCUGGCUGUUUAUUGUUCCUUCCUCAGCACCGACAGAGAAAACCAGGCUAACAAGCUGUCAGCUACCAUUUUUUUUCCUCCACACGGUUCACGGUUGGUUUAACGAAGGUGUAACGGUCCAGACAGCUGACUCUUGCACAAACCAAGGGGCCAUGGCGUACGCGUACCUCUUCAAAUACAUCAUCAUCGGAGACACGGGUGUGGGCAAAUCAUGUCUAUUACUACAGUUCACAGACAAGAGGUUUCAGCCAGUUCAUGACCUCACUAUCGGUGUGGAGUUCGGAGCAAGGAUGAUCACUAUAGAUGGCAAACAGAUCAAACUGCAGAUCUGGGAUACGGCUGGCCAGGAAUCGUUCCGGUCCAUCACCAGGUCUUACUACAGAGGAGCAGCAGGAGCUCUGCUAGUCUAUGACAUCACAAGAAGGGACACCUUCAACCACUUGACGACCUGGUUAGAGGACGCUCGCCAACAUUCCAACUCCAAUAUGGUCAUCAUGCUCAUUGGCAACAAGAGUGACCUGGAGUCGAGGAGAGAGGUAAAGAAAGAGGAAGGUGAAGCAUUUGCCAGAGAACACGGCCUCAUAUUCAUGGAGACCUCAGCCAAGACUGCCUCUAAUGUAGAGGAGGCUUUCAUCAACACAGCCAAGGAGAUCUAUGAGAAGAUCCAGGAGGGAGUGUUUGAUAUCAACAAUGAGGCUAAUGGUAUUAAGAUUGGACCCCAGCAUCCCACCACCAACUCCACACUGCCCGGUAGCCAGGGAGGCCAACAGGCUGGAGGGGGCUGCUGCUGAAGCCCCAAAACACAACUCCUCUCCCUCCUCCUCCUCUCCCUCCCCCUCCUCCUCCUCCUCAAUUCAACCCCGACCCUCUCCCUCCUCCCUCUCCUCCUCCUUCUCAUCCACCUCGCCCUCUCCGACCCUCCCCUGCGUUUCUACAGAACUGUCCAGGCUCACUAACAGUUUGUUAACCUCUGUCUGUCUCUCUCUCUCUCUACCACUCCAUUCUUUCAUCCAUCCAUCCCUCGCUCUCUCUGUGUCUCUCUCUCCGUCUUUCAGCCAUGUCUUUCCUGAGUCUCUCGACCAUACUGAAGGGUCUAAGGGGCGACGUCCCCAUGAGUCAACCUGAUUUCCUACAGACUUAGGAGGAUAGAGUCAGCUUCACCUGCGCAUUUAGCCACCAAACUGAAGUUUUGCAGUUCACCUUAUUUUUGGUUCUAUAAACUGAUUUUAAUGGUUUUAUUUAAUAAAAAAACAAACAGCUGGCAUAUGAAGAAUUCUCUUCCAGCUGUUUAAUUUUCCUGCUCCUCUCACUUCAUGAGGACGCUGCUGGGAUAUUACAGCAGCACAUAAUCAUAAAUAUACCAUAUGUUUGCUAACGGUGAGUUGACUUUGUCCAGAUAGAGGCAGGACUGCGGGUAGGGAUUAAACACACCCUUCACGACUGACUGUAUGGAAUAAUCCCCGCUCUGUAUUGUGUCUAUACACACAUCUAUACAUGUUUUUAAAGACGCAGCACGGCGUUAGCAGGACGUGUUUCUACAUGUUGACUUCAUGCUGUGCCUGUGUGUGUGUGUGUGUGUGUGUGCGUGCGUGCGCACGUGUGUGUGUGUGUGUGUGUGUGUGUGUAUAGGGAUGAUCUAGAUAUUCCAGUAUGUCACUUUGUAAAGGUGUAGGAGGCGUUCAAGUCACUCUGUAUUUUCUGUCCAUAAAAACAAAAAAGUGCAAAUGAUGUUCUCUUGUCCUCUCCCUGAUUCUGCUCAUGCUGUUUUGUUCUCUCUGUCUCCGUGUCCUUUUUUUGUUGACUUGCAGAUGAUUUGUAUUUAAUGAACACUACAAACUGGUUGUGGUUCUGGUUGUGGCUUAUAUAUUAAAAAAAAAAAAAAAAGUGUUUUAAAUUGUGUGGGGAGAGAAUAAAAGACCAAACUGUUGAGUGUGAACAAUGGAUCGUUUUUGGGACGACAGAGAGCGUUAAAGAAACGUUUCAGGGGAUGUCGAGAGCAGCGGCCGCCAUUAUGAAGUUAAGAAGUGAAAAGAGGAAAAUAGAUGGAGACUUUUUUUUUGUCGACUAUAUUUAUCAGCACAUUUCUGUGUAUAUAUGGCUCUUUAGGUUUCUGUAGCUUUUUUUUAGGCUGUUAAAGGUGAAGCUUGGCAUGUUAUCGUUGCGGUCCACUUCUUUCUUCACCGGUGGGCUGGACACCAUUCUGGACUUUUAAACAGCCUUUUAGCAUUUUUAACUGUUCUCAUUUAAACCCAAAGGUACAGAGCCGCUCUGUUGCGUCAGGGUUGGUGGUGCCCUUUUCUUUUUAAAUGACGAGUAUGAAUGAUAACAGGCUGUUAACAAGACUGCGUAGAGGCAUUCAAAGUCCCCGGUGGAGAACCAGACUCCAACUGAAAAUGUCAAGGCGUCUCCCCUUUUCAAGCAAGCUAAUAUUUUCACCAUGAAUUAGCUGGCAGAUAUAUAAUGUAUACAGUUUAGAGCUUGAUCGAUGACUGCUGCAAUGUUUUUUUUGUUGUUUCUUUUGCUUUGAGAUCCCCCCUCCUGAUGUAACAGGCACCGUUUUACUGUUCUGAUCAUAUUUUACUACUUGACUUACAUAUUGUUCAGCCUCUCCUCCUCCUCUCUCCUUUCUUGGAUUGUGCGAUAACAUUAGCUCUGUAUCUAUUUUUAAUGCCAAAUUAUUGUGUUUACCUGUGUUUGUCGAAGGAAAAAUAAGAAAAUAAUCUCCUGUAAUCUGUCCUGAAAUCAGCUGUCUGCCUUAACUCCACCCGCCCCCCCCUCCUCCUCUCUGAGAGAUUUGGACAGCUGCUAAAAUAAAUCAAACAUCUCCCUUAUUUAUCUGCAGAUUGGCAUUUUGACCACUAACCAGCCGGUUGACGACGCAUUACUCAUGCAUAGACGCACACUUAGAUAUGUAGAAUGCUAGAAAAAAAAAAGAGGCCUGGUUUGAAUUUGGUGUAUGGAUCGUGGCAUUUGAAAUGAAUCCAAACCCACAUUUCUAUUUUUUUUUUCUUCCCCUUCUUCCCGUCCCCUCCAUGUGCACACACACCCAACCUGCAUACAGUAUAUGCAUGCAUACACAGAUGAUGCAUACAUAUACGUGUGUUUAUCUAACCUAGCUGUUUCCUGUAUAACUGUGUAGGGAGUUUUUGGGUUUCACGGCAGUGCGAGUGAAUCUGUGUUCUCUCUCUUUUCUCUUCUGUUUUUUUAUUCCUAGAUAUAUUCAGACAGUUAUUAAUCCUAUUCUUGAUGAUGAUUAUUCUUUGUAAAGCAAAAUGUAGUGUGUGCGUGUGUGUGUGUGUGUGUGUGUGCGUGCGUGUGUGUGCGCGUGUGUGUGUGUGGACCCAGAGGGGGGAGGAUCAAGCCAAACCUGACGCAUCUUAUCUAUCUAUGAAUUGAUCUAUCUUAUCUAUGUGGUGCUCCUCUCUCGCUCUUCCUGCCUCCUCCUCCACCUCCUCCUCCGCCGCCUCCUUCUCCUCCUCCUCCUCAACGUUAUUUGCUGUGUUUGUUCUUUGGAAAAAAUAAAACUUAAAAAAAAGAAAAAAUUAAAAUGCUAUCACAAUAAACUAUAAUAAAACAUUCUAAACUCUAAACAUGUCAUUUUGAUGGUUAUGUGGAGAUGGAAAAAUACAGUGUUUGAAAACAAACCCAAA